AAUGUCAACGAGCCGACUAGCAUUUGCUAGCUUUUAACUCCGCUCAGAUUGAGUGCUGAGCAUACCAGCUAGAUUUUAAAUCAAACUAUUUGCCGUGCCCUGGGUAAUUUGAGAAACGUCACAGCGGGUGAAUGGCUAACCUAUUGGACCGACAGUUAGCCACUGUUGGACCAGAGACCAUGUAAUACGUUAGCUAGGUGGCUAGCUGACGUUGCGUGACAGUUGUCGCUGGUUUGACAUAUCGGGGAUUGACCUUGUGCGCCGGUUUCAACACUCGUUUUCUAUGGCAAAUACUACUAAAUACUUUCAGAAAUCCGACUGGGUCACCAUGUGUUAUAUAUGCAUUAACCAGUAUGCUUGCAUGGUGAUUCGCGUUGAACAGUAGGCAGAUAUCUACCUGAUUCAUUUCAACAUGCUUGUGUCCAGUUUAGGAAAGCGAGCCGGCUACACUGGAAUGUUCUGAGCUGCCAUUUCCUGUCGGCCAUGUUAGAAUAUCACUGCGAGCUAAUGCUACAGUUACCCGGCUACUAAAUACUUUUUCACAACCAAGGCAUUAAAAAAGUAAACAUCAGUGAGGAGGAAGGGGAGAGGAAUCCACAUCUGUCUGAUACUGUUCCUAUAUCACAUACCCCCAACAACAAUGGUAACAGACAUGCAAGUAAUACAAAUGCGAAGCAGAAAUCCUCCCAAAAGCUGUACAUGACUGUUCCAAAAGUGAGCAGCAAAGGACUGGACCUUAACAAGAAUAUGGACCUUAAAAAUGACAAGGAAAAGGCUCUGGAUUUGAAUCAUCAUGAGAGCCAACCUUUGGAUAAAAAAGACUCUUUGUUGCUUCAAAAUGGCGUUGUAAACUGUGGCUUAAUUACAAAUGGCUAUUCUAGCAAGGACAAUGAUGGCAGCGGCUCUGAGGGUGGAUAUACUACUCCGAAAAAACGCAAGGCCAGAUGUAACAAUGCCAAGAACACUGAUAAUGUGAUAAGAGAAAAGGAAAAAGACAUGCAGCAGGGCAACACUACACAAGAACACGUGGCUUUUAAUGUGGAGACAACUGAGAAGGGGGUGACUUCUAGACUUGAUGGCUUUAGAGCAGCAAAUAAAGUAGAAGCUCAGUCAACUGCUCGACGGGCUGUUGUAUCAGAGGCUUCAAUGGGUGAAUCUCAGAGGAAAAACUCUGAUGGCAAAACAGCUGGCACUUUUGGUAAAAAGACUGAGGAAAGGCACAAAUCCAAGCUUUCCUCACCUUCAAAAGAGGACUCGUGGACUUUGUUCAAGCCCCCUCCGGUGUUUCCUGUGGACAAUAGCAGUGCAAAAAUUGUUCCCAAGAUCAGUUAUGCAAGUAAAGUGAAAGAGAACCUCAACAAAGUAGCUCAAGGUGGAGGAGAGGCACUGCCUCCUCCGGUUAGACUGUCACAGGUCCCCAUGUCUGCUAUGAAAACUAUCACCUCAGCUAGCUUUACUAAUGGCCCUGUUUCUGGAAACGGAAAUGGCUGCCCAUCAGUGGGUACCUUCUUUGCUCCUGCUGCUAGUAGUAUUCCACCAGCCCCAUCUAUUUCAAGUGGCGAGAAUGUAGCAUCUCCUUUGGAAAGUAACUGUAGCUCUACAACCAGUCCUGUAGAUGGAGAAGCAUACGAGCUUAGAAAGUGUACUCUUUUAAUUUACCCUUUAAAUAUGCAACCUGUGCUCCCUAGUGCUCGUCAUCUCGACCCACCGGCUGCUCAGACAAAUCAGAAAGCCCUGGGAGAUAUCUUCCAGAAUCAGUGGGGGCUUUCCUUCAUCAAUGACCCCAACUUGGGUCCAGAAGGAGGAGGAGGUGGCCAGGUGCCUGCAGCGGACAAGACUACUGUGGUCACACCUCAAAGCGAGUGUCAGGCUGCUGCUGCCAAGGCUGCCCAGCCAUGCUUUGAUGUGAGCCCAUCUUUUUUAGAGCCUGGCACUUUGGCUCAAAACCCAGAGAAAAGGACUUGUGCUCCUUGCAAUGCGUCUAAUGCUUGUUUUCCUGCGUGUGUGAUGAGUGACGAGGAUAUCAAGCUGCAACCAUGUAGCCAGCAGAAGACAAAAGUUGAGGCCAAGGGUGCAGGUUCUGCUGUUUCUGCUGCCGGUGCUAAGCCUGCACAGGGCCAGCUAACCACUGUGUUGUUUGGCUCAUCCAAACAACAGGCUCCCACUAAAGACAUUGGCAGGAGCUGCAGCUGGGGCUCCUUCGAUAUUAAAGCUGCUGUCACUUAUCACACUAAAGAAAUGGAAUUCAUUUUCAGCCUGCAAAAACAAGAUCCAAAAAGAGUGGUGGUUUAUGAUGAGACCAAGGACGGACCUGAUCAGUGAGGUACUUACAGUACUUUCCUUCUGCUCUUCUGGGUGCUGCGAUUAUCUACCUGGAGUCCUGAAUCCUGUUGGACAGAUAAAGUGACAACUGUGAAAACAUUGAUAGUUUAGCAUGACAGAUUUUUCCUUGGAAUCUCUGAUGGAAUAACAGACUACUUUAGGGGACACACACACACACACACACACACACACACACACACACACACACACACACACACACACACACACACACACACACACACACACACACACACUCUCUCUCUGGAGGGACGUUAGGAGUUGAUCGGUGCCUCUCCAACACGACAACUGAGACUUUGGAGCUGUGCUAGUUGUUUGUCUCAUGGCUCUUAAAGGAUGAUGUUUGGGAGUUCAACAAAAGGAAGGUGUCAUGGAUUGCACCUCCCUAAGCCUUUUUCCUGUUGAACUGCAGCAGCCGUCAGUCUGACUUUGGGAUGCCUCAGUCAUUUCUUCUUCACGCAUUCAAAUGAGUUCAUUGUAGAUAUGUUAGACUUUUUACAUACACAUCCGUGUGCAAGCUUGAAUCUAUCGUGGAGGAAAAGGAGAACACACUUUGCAAAGAAUGCCUUGAAGUUGUGGAGUUCAGAUCUUUGGAAGCUCAAAGGUGAGGUCCCAUCCAGGAAGGGAGAACCUUGUCUUAAGUCCUCAAGGCAAUAUCAGAGCCCAGGAAUUCAAACACUUGCUUUUUUCUUUUUCUACUUGCCUGUUUGUCUGCCCUAACAUUAAUGUGUUAUCUGCCCUGCAGUAUGACCCCAGAGCACAGGUACAAGAGUGCCCAAUCUGAAGGAAAGCGACGCCCCUUCAUUUCAUUUUUACACCAGGUCUCCGUUAAAAGCAAAAAUAUUUUCAUCUUAAGGCUUCUAGUACAUUUCAUGCAGAUUGAUAUGAGGUCAGGUCCUAAAUUCCGACUCAUUUAAAUAUAUACCUUCUAGUAUGUGAAUCCUUGAUUUAGGAAUUAACUGAGCGAGCAAGAGCUACCAAUGAGCUCUUUGUUCAGCAGCAAGACUCAGGAUGUCCAUACAGAGGUUUUUGGGGGUUUUCUUUCUAUGUCCAAACUGUUCAAUUCCUAUUGUCAAAGGAACAUGUGUUGCAUUCUACGACUGAUUUUUAUUUCUGUUUUUCUGACUCAGCAUCUGGUCUUUUACUUCUCUGUCUUACGGCAUUGUAUUUCUUGCAUGUUUACUGGAGGGAAUGAACACGUCAGAGGUUCAUCGCCAUACAAA